GGUUUAUAUAUGUCACCCCUCAACCACUCUCUCUAUAUUUUCUCUCACUUUCCUUCCCUUUCCCUGUAACCAAACGGCCAACAUAAAUCAAAUUUAAAGUGAUGCGAAACUCGAAACUGUAAGAAACCUAGAUUGUAGCUACUCCCAGACACCAAAAACUGAAGUGGGUAUUCAUUCUUUUUUUUAAAAUCUUUUAUGUUCCGGCGACCGGAAAAGAGAAAAAAAUGAAGAAGUUUAAUAAGCAGAAGCAAAUUUUCUUCACCGGAGCUCUGAUCGUUUUCUCAUUGGGUUUCGUUCCCGGCGGCGAUUCUGACCUGGCAUCGGACCGUGCCGUCCUGGUUACCCUCCAAAGAGCUGUAGGUGGUCGGACGCGCAUGUGGGACCUCAAUCAGUCCAGCCCAUGUUCAUGGGUCGGAGUCAUUUGCGCCUCCGGCAGAGUCACCCAGUUGCGACUUCCCGGCGAGGGACUGAUCGGAAAACUUCCUCUUGGACUUGGGAACCUUACCCAACUUCAAUAUCUCUCUCUACGGUUCAACGCGCUUUCUGGUCCGGUUCCGGCGGACCUUGGAAAACUCGUCAAUCUUCGAAACCUCUACUUACAUGGUAACUUUUUCUCGGGGAAUAUUCCCGAAUUCUUUUUCAAAAUGCAAAACUUGGUCCAAUUUAAUCUUGCUUUCAACAAUUUUUCCGGUGAGAUCUCGCCGCGGUUUAAUAACCUCACGAAGUUAGAUACUCUGUAUUUGGAGAACAAUAGCUUUACUGGGUCAGUCCCAGAAAUUGAUUUGCCUGCGCUUCAGAAAUUCAACGUUUCGUAUAAUCGAUUAAACGGGUCGAUCCCAUCGAAGCUAUCGAGGUUUGAAGCAAGCGCUUUCGAAGGUAAUUCACUUUGUGGGAAGCCCUUGAUUGUGUGCAAUGGGACUGAAAGUAGUGAGGACAAGUCCUUGUCUGGUGGAGCAAUUGCGGGAAUUGUGAUUGGGUCUAUGGCUGGGCUUUUAUUGAUUGUUUUCAUUCUGAUAUUUCUAUGUAAGAAAAGAAAGAGUGGCAGCGAAGAAAAGGGUCGCAAGGAAAGCACACCAAAGCUUACUGAGGUUGAAAUUCCAAGUGGGAAGACGAUGUUGCAGGGUGAAAGUUUGAGUUCUGAUUUUUCGUCCUCGGCGUUGGCGGCAAAAGCCAAUGCAAGGGGUGGUGGGAAUAAGAAUUUGGUGUUUUUCGGUAAUGCUGUAAGAGUGUUUGAUUUGGAGGAUUUGUUGAGGGCAUCAGCCGAGGUUCUAGGGAAGGGGACUUUCGGGACGGCCUACAAGGCAACUCUCGAAAUGGGGAUUGCUGUGGCCGUGAAGAGAUUGAAGGAAGUGGCUGUACCGGAGAAGGAGUUUAGGGAGAAGAUGGAAGAGGUUGGGAGAGUUGAUCAUGAGAAUUUGGUCCCACUCAGGGCUUACUACUAUAGCAGAGAUGAAAAGCUUCUUGUUUAUGACUACAUGCCCAUGGGAAGCUUAUCUGCGCUUUUGCAUGGAAACAGAGGGGCUGGCAGGACUCCAUUGAAUUGGGAAACAAGGUCUGGUAUUGCCCUUGGAGCUGCCCGUGGUAUUGCAUACCUACACUCGAAAGGCCCCUUGAUAUCCCAUGGAAAUAUUAAGUCUUCGAACAUCCUCCUCACACGAAACUAUGAAGCCCGCAUCUCAGAUUUCGGCCUUGCUCAUAUUGCUAUCCCCAUGUCUACACCCAACCGCAUUGCUGGUUACCGUGCCCCAGAAGUCACAGAUUCACGUAAAGUAUCACAGAAAGCAGAUGUAUACAGCUUUGGUGUAUUGCUUUUGGAGCUGCUCACAGGGAAGCCUCCUACUCAUUCUCAGUUGAAUGAGGAAGGAGUGGACCUUCCUAAAUGGGUUCUGUCUGUGGUUCAAGAGGAAUGGACUGCUGAGGUUUUUGACCUCGAGCUUCUCAGGUAUCAGAACAUUGAGGAAGAAAUGGUCGAGCUUUUACAACUUGCACUUGAAUGUGUGGCUCAGCAUCCAGAUAAGCGCCCCUCAAUGCCUAUGGUCACAAACCGAAUUGAGGAGCUCUGCCGUGUGAGCUUACAGGCACAAGAGCAAAAUCCAGCAAACAAUGAUUUAUUCAUUGACACCGAGGAGGGGCUAUCUGAGUAGUAUUAGUUGACAGAGUUGGUUGGACCACCACCUUCAGUAAAAGAUUGAAGAAACGACAGCAAUUUUCCAUUGCUCCAUUUUUCUUCUCAAUCUUAUUCUAUAGCUUUUUUCAUUGUUUGUAUUCUUGGUCCAUUUUUACAUAAUUUACUGUGCAAAAUCCUUUUUGUUUUCUUUCUUUGUUUCUAUGUUUUGCUGCCCUGGUUGUUUUCAGAAUAGCAUUUUUUCUAUUUCCCCCUUGUUUAUUGUGUAUGUGGAUGGGGAAUAUUAUUUUGUUAGUAUUUAACUUGGUUUGUGUGAAAUACAAAUUUUGAAUUUGCUUA